CUGUCUCCAGGGGAGACACUCAAGGGUAACAAGAUCAGAUAGGAGUGUGUGCCAAGAGCUAAGAAUAGGAUUGGACAUGGGUUCCCGACUCAGGUGGGGGCACAUCAGUGCCAGCCAGAAAGUCACUGGCUAGAGCCAGAGAAGGGAACCAGGCUGGAGGGAGAGCAGCCUAGUGUUCCAGAGAGGGGCAGAGUCCAGCUCAGGUAAUAAACUGAGUCCAUAGGAGGCAGCUUGUGGAAAGGGCAAGGCUCAGGUCCCAAGGUGCUAGGAGACACGGCCAGGUGAGCUCUGUUCUUGGAGGAAGCCCCACCUGGCCUUCAUGUCCUUCCUGGUGGCUGGAACCCUGCAGGUGGCUGCACAGUUGGCAGAUGCUCAGGACAGCCUGGGGAGAAAGGGAAAGUACAGCAUUCAGGGUCUAAGGGUAGCCCUGAUACUCAGCAGCCCUGGGGCAUCUGCUGCUACAGUCGCUGCCCUGGAUGGUGUGUUCCAGGCCUUGGGAUUUGAAAAUUGCAAGAAGAGGGAAGUCUCGGUCCAGAGCUUUCAUGAAGAGCUGAUUUUGUUCCGGGAGCAGCUGGAUGCCCAUGGGAGCCCUAUGGGAUGUGCCCUUGUGGCCUUGGUGGCCCCCAGUAGGCAGCUUAGGCAGCCACAGCUACUGAUCCAGGAGCUGAGUCACUGCAAGACCCUUCGGGGCUGCCCCAAAGUCUUCCUCCUGCUUUCUAGUGGCUCUGGGGAUGCUCAGGAGCCUGGAGACUUCCUCACUGGCCUGGGGGAAAUCUGUGGCCGCUGUCCUCAUUGGUCCCUCCUGCAGCUGCUGACAGAGUUCUUCUGCAGGAUAGCUGAAGAGUCUUCUGGGGACACCUUCUGCCCAGUCCUUCGAAGCUCCUUGCGGGGGGCACUGUGCCUGGGAAGUGUGGAGCCCCAGAGGCCCGAGCCAGACCCCGGUCCCAGUGCUCAGUAUGACCUGUGUGGGGCCAGGGCCGCCCUCUUCCUGGCUGUGACCAGAGACAGGCCUGGGACACAGCAUGAUGUGGCAGCACUGGGGGACCUGUGCCAGGCCCUGGGCUUCAAAGUCACCCUGAGGAUGGACCCUACAGCUCAGGCAUUCCAGGAGGAGCUGGCUCAGUUCCAGGAGAGGCUGGACACCCACAGGGUCCCUGUGAGCUGUGCACUUGUGGCCUUGAUGGCUCAUGGGGGACCACGGGGACAGCUGCUGGGGGCUGAUGGGCAAGAGGUACAGCCAGAGGUGCUGGUGCAGGAGCUGAGCUGCUGCCGGGUGCUGAAGGGUCACCCCAAGAUCUUCCUGCUUCAGGCCUGCAGAGGGGGGAAGAGGGACCCUGGUGUAGGGCCAACAGCUCUUCCCUGGUACUGGCGCUGGCUGCGGGCACCUCCAACCAUCCCUACACAGGCAGAUGUCCUCCAGGUCUAUGUUAACACCCAAGAUAGCCUCUCCCAGGACUCCACUUCAGGGAGGUGUGACCAUGCAGACAUCCUGACCAUCUAUGCAGCCACCGAGGGCUGUGUGGCCUAUCGGGAUGAGAAGGGAUCAGACUUCAUCCAGACACUGGUGGACGUCGUCAGAGCUAAGCCUGGAGGAGACAUUCUGGACCUGCUGACAGAGGUCAACAGGAGGGUGUGUGAGCUGGACGUGCUGGGACCCGACUGCAAUGACCCCCGCAAGGCCUGCCUGGAGAUCCGCAGCUCGCUCCGGCGCAGACUCUGCCUGCAGGCCUGAAGACCUUGCUACCCCCAACUCGGCUUCCUCGACAGAGGCCCGGCAGCUUGAGCAUGGGUAUUUAGAUGGCGUGCAAUAAAUAUCUGUUGAUCACUGUGCUCCGGUCAUUGCCUGCUCGCUCUCAGACAUCUGUGAAACAGGUGAGAAUGGAUGUAAAAAAGCCAUGGCCCUUGGUAAGGGUGCAGCUGUGACCCUGGAAACCAGAGGCUGGACGGGGCCUGUGCCGUGAGUGCGGGACUAAGGAGCUCAACAUGGGCUGGGCUGGAUAUUCUGAGAGAGGCCCAGGGGGCAAGGGCUCCUGGGAAGGGGCGGCCCAGCCAUGCUCUUGCGCACACGCUCUCCAAUCUCCAGGCGCUGGGGCCAUGAAAUGCUGGAGUCACAGCCUCACCUUCCGGGCGGUCGGUGAGUCAAGUCGUGCGCAGAGACUUGAAGAGACCAUUGCAGAUCACCAGUGAAGUGAUGGAGCGAGCGCCGGGCGCGGGGAGCGGUGAGCCGGCCUGACCGUGCGCAGGCGGCCGGCCAGGGGAGGACGAGGUCUGCGGAAGGAGCUGUGGGGCGGCCGGUGGCUCCCCGAGACCCGAACUCGCAGUCCCAGGUUCGGCCGCUUCCUCCCAGCCCCGCGGAAAAGCGCAGCUGUGGAAGAGGCGGGGUUUCUCUCCAUCCUAGGCAUGCGCGUCUCGGCACGCCGCGCAGGCGCCCAAGUGAGCUUCUGCCUAUAGAGAAAGUAAGAGGGUGGGCAGAUGUGGGGCCGCGUGGCCUAAUGGAUAAGGCGUCUGAUUCCGGAUCAGAAGAUUGGGGGUUCGAGUCCCUUCGUGGUCGCUGCCAAGCUUCUUUUCCAACUCCUUUUGAAAGUUUGCCUACGCUCCCUGCCCACGCCUGGGACGCUCCAGCUGCAUGGGUCGCUCGCCCCGGGGACCCUCGGACACCGUCCCUCACCUGCAGUCGCUCAGCUCAGACUCACGGCUGCAGCCUGGUGCCACUCGAGAUGCUGGCUCAACAAAGGCGUUCUGCAGAAUGAAGCCAAACCCUGCCAGCUAUUCCAUGAAAACUGACAGGCGCGGAUUGGAUUGCCUGGGGUGGGGUACUUAGUGACCCCACGGGGACUCAAAGGCCAUGUGCACUCAAAAAUCUAAUAGGCUAUAUGAUAUUUGCACAUAAUUGUGAAUGUAAUUAAUGGCACUGACCACUCUGUGGUACACUUGGAAAUGGUCAGAACAGCACAUUUAUAUCUGCGCAGAUCUAAAACACGUGAACAAUAGUCUAGAUUUCUUACGAUGAAAAUUACUAAUGUAAACAUCCACAUUUAAAGUUUUAAACAGAAGAGUAUGUCCGGGAUUGAGUUGACAUGUCACCUGGAAACAAUUUCCUAAUUGCUGACCUUGAGUUCUGUCCAAGGGACAAUCAAGGUGCAGCGCUGUCCUCCCGGCCCGGCAAGGCGGGGGCGAAGGCGAGUUCGCAAGAGCAGCGCAGGUGACCUGGGCCGUGCGGAGUCCCUUCUCCCUUCACGUUUCUGUGACGUUUCAGUGGUUAAGUAAGGCGCGGUAAAUGUAUGGAGGGCCAACUUCACGACGCUAAAAACCCAGAGGAGAGGGAAAACAGUGACACGACGGUGAUAAGGCGCGAACCCCCAGCCCUGAGACUGGCUGAGCCAACUGUAGUAGAUUACUACUUCAAGAGGAACGAAUGGGGGCGGGGGCAGGAGGGCGAAAUGACCCAAACAAUGU